UUUUUUUUCUUCCAUUGCUUUGGGUCAAUGACUGUAAUUUCAAAAGAAGCUUUGUAAGUAUUCAAUUCAGUUCACAUAAAACUAACUACACAUCAGAGAAUGUUUUUAACACUGAAUAUAAGAGACUUUUAUGCACAAUGUAAACGUGCAGCUUGAGAAGGGUAUAUAAGGUCAUAGUCAUAUUGAGUUUGAUGUAGAAUGUAGAUGGUUAUAGGAGCUCUAUAAGCACUAAGUAGUAGGAGCAAGCAAUAUUAGAACAUUGAUUUUUAGAGUGAGGAAGAAUUCCAACAACUAGCUGUUCUUUACUGAUCAAGUUGUGCUACUAUUGAGAUUGCUAGACAGAGGUCACCAUGGUAACUAAACAGAUAUACAUCAUAAUCACAAUGACUUGGUUUUUAUAUGGUGAUGCCACCUAUUUGUUUCGAACUACAGGAGGUGAUAAAAGAGGUGAUAAAGGAGGAGAUAGUGGUUUCUAUGGUGGUUACAUAGACACAGAACUAAGCCCUUACAAAUCUGAUAACCUAUCAGACAUUGCCUAUAGUGAUGUAAAUAUCAAAUUUAAUGGAUCUUCGGUUUUCAAUCAGCUUGGCUUGAACGAUGACAUACCAUCAAUAGAUCCAAUUUCGAAACAGAUGAUAAUCCAAAUCAAACAGCUGGACACGCUGACGGUGAUUAAGGCCGAAUUGUGUAAGGGAAAAUUACAUCGGUUGUACUAUGAUGCUGAUCUGAAGCCGGUUUUUAUAACGAGACGCAUUGGUUCAAAAACAUUAAGUGGAUCAUAUGAUGAUAAUCCCCGCCUGUUGUCACCUGUUGGUAUAACUAGCGUAACGAUGUACGAUUCAAAAAUAUAUUUUGUUCUCUUUGGUUCGUAUGGUAAACCGAGUGAUCAAUUACAAGUUACCAAACUUGAACUACGUGUAUUUGAAGGUUGCGAAGAUACCUGGUUGGAAAAUUUGUACCCUGGAAGUCCAUAUCCUCCACCCAAGCUCAACCUUGUUACCUGUUCUCGAUUGAUCAAGACACUUGGGGAAUCGGAAAGUGUAAACCUUGAAAGUGAUGAUGAUUGGUCCCUCAAAACUGUUGGAGGCGCAAUGAAAAUUUUCAAACAAGGGAACCAAUUGGCCUUUUUGACACUUUUGUUGAACAAAAACUACACAGAUAACAAAAUGUCGAUUGAUUUGCAUUUUGUAAUAGAUGGAGGCCCUGCAAAAAUUCUCCAUUCUGAAUUCAUUGAUAAAGACCCUACAACAAUUGACGGAAUUCAUGCUCUUGGAGUUGAUUACAAAGAUGGCCAAAUAUGCUGGUCCACUUCUGUUAACAUCCAUUGUGGAAGCCUCAUCAAUAAUCAACUCGAAAAUCCCCGGAAAAUAAUUCAACCGGGUCAGAUUAAAAAUGUUUGCAAAUACAUCUAUGAUCCAAGUGAAGAUAAAUAUGUCACUGGGGUAGCCAUCUUGAAUUCAACUGCAUUAUAUUUCGGUUGCCGUCACGAUCCUGACGUGAUUUCUGGUUUUGGACUUGUCUAUGAAGUAGAAGGUGAUGCAAAUCAAUAUGUGCAACCUGUAACAGAAACAAAUGGAGCUAAAAUUUCUGGAGGAAUGAUAUUCCUGCUGGCAGAUAUACCCGAAUGUCCCAUUAUAUAUACAACUACAACUGAACGUCCAACAAAUAUUGGUAUAAAACCCAAAGGACUAAAUAUGUUUGUAAUGUUGCUCGUUUUAAUGUUGUGUACAUUGGUUUGAUUGUAAACAUAAAGGCAAACUAUUAGUGAGCAUUCUCUAAACAUGACAUGGAAUGGGGGAUUUGGAUAUAUGGGAGGUACUCUCAAUAUGCGCCAAUGGAGGAUUUGGAUAUAUGGAAGGUACUCUCAAUACACCCC